UGGCUAUCGGGAGUCAGAACGGAGGAAAGUCGGCCGCGGGUGAGAUGUGUGGCGGAGCGCAAGAUACAGGGGUGCAGGCAUCUUGCGUAGCCGACGCAGUGCUUCGCAGUUAUAUGUGCCUAGUCUUCGCCGACUGAUACGGCAUGAAGUUUGAAAGUAUCCAGUCAAGUGUUCUAUGGUGCCAGAAUAGGUUACUGAGCCUAAAUGUUUUGCUCGUUGCUUUGUGAAGUUCGCGUUCGUCAUUGACUGGCGUGAAAGAAGCCUACAGGUACCGUGUGCGUCUGCUUCCAGUAGCGAAGAGGCCGCCAAGAGCUCAGUUUUCGUAAAAUGAUUAAAGCAAAGUGCACCUGGAAGGUUCAAGGCGACCGUCCUGUGUCUGACGCAAUUGUAUACUUCGAAGGCACUGAAAACAUUGACCUCGAGGAUGCGAUUUCUGCUGAAAAUUGUGUCCAGCUGGAAGCACCGGUUGCGGAUGAUGUCACUGGUAACUACAUUGUCCCAGCCUGCCAAGUCUUCUUGUUCUGUGGUGAGACACAUCAAAUGAGUAGUGUGUCUGUUCUAUCCGAGGCAAGGGUCAUAGAAGUCUACGGUUACCACGGAGAAUACUUAAGCACUCUUAAAAAUGAGUUUAUAGAAGAAGUGGAUGGCAUGUCUGUAUUCCGAGGUGACCUUAACCUUACAAGACCUCUUAAAGAAUGCUGCCUGAAGUUCAUCCCUAUUAAGUCUACAGAUUCCAUGUGGCUGUAUGGAAUUAAAGUGGUGGUUCAGGAAAAGCCAAGGCCAGACACACUGCAGUUGUUUCCAACUUCCAUGCCUCUAAAAGAUGUUGAAGAGAGACUGGAAGCUUCAGGAGCACAGCUGAGUGAAAAAGCCGAGAGCCUUAAGCGAAUGAUGGAACUGUUUCAGGGAAGCAGGGGUAUGUUUUCAGCAGCUGCGAUGUCGCCUGUUUUUGCUGGAUUUUCAGCAUUAUCACAUGGAGCACCACAGCAAGUUCCAGAUGGUAUGGCACAGUUUUACAACAUGUUCCAAAACGCUGGUCUCAAAUCUCAGACGCAACAAACUCCUAUGAAGCCGGAACCCAAACUUCCAGUUGCUGCCGAGUCAACAAGAGAGACUGCAUUGUCAGGAUCGAGCAGCACAGGAGCUGUCGAGAGCGGCCAGGAUGGUCUGCUUGCAGGCAUACUCAAGCUUCUGGAAAAUCACACUGCUAAGCAACAACCUCAGCAUGCACCUCCACCUCAGGCUGUACCAAAUGCCAAAGUAGGCGCCUCCAAGUCGGCAUCCUUGGACAAGGAAUUUAUUCUGGAGCUUCUUGAAAAAUCCGGUGUCCUGAACCAGCGGACUGCCACAGUACUUCUUGAAGAAAUAAUUCAGAAAACUGGCGCCACAGUUCAGCUUAACCAGUCUCACGGGGAUGCUGAAAAGAAGUCCGCGGGUAUUCCUGUUCCAGAUGUUGCAUCUGAAGAACCAAAGGCUGCAGCUGAAAAUAAAAUACUCGAGACAGCGUCGAGGGCAACCGGGACUGAUAACAAGCUAUCCAAGGAGACUGGUUCUCAGACUGAUCAGCCUGAACCUGAGCCUACAGCCAACCAAGAACUGCAGCUGGUACCAGCACCACUAACAAUGGAACUUCUUCAAAAACAGAGGGACGAAACACGCGACGUGGUCGGAGCCUUGUUUCAAGGUCUGCAAGAUCAGUUGCUGAACCUGGUCGACCGACGCUUUGAAGAACUGAAAGUCGAAAUGGCCGAGAAACUUGACGGGAAAAUUCAGGAAAUGGAAGAGCGUAUAAAUGCGCGCUUUGAUGCUAUUAUAGAUGCUCUUCAAGGCCAAGAGGAUGAUGAAGAGAUAUUUGAACAGCCCGAGGAAGGCGCUGUGUAAGAACGCUGCUUCAGUGCACACUUGUAUGUGGUUGCGUGGGAGGUUCAAAACUGCUUUAUUUAUUGUUGUGUGCAUGUGUAUCUGUGUGUGUGUUCACAUUGCGAGGCAUUAAGUUUUGUACAAAUUGCUUAAUUUAGACAUCUUGUCAAAAUGGUGUGAAGUUUGUUAUCUCUUGCUAGACUGCCUGUCUUUUUGUACUCGCCACCGGCUUCGUGCGUGUCCGCAAUCGGUUGUGUCCUUGAUGAUGUGUAAUACAAUUACUGGCGAUGGUGCGCAAUGCUCAAGCCAUACGACAUGCAUUUGAUUAGUUCAUUUAAUUUGUUUUUUUGAAAUCAUGGCUCUGAACGUUCCCCCUUUUCUGCAACAUUCGCCCAAUGCCAGAGGCUCAUGAUGUUGGUUGAUUCAUGCUUUUUUUUUAACGUCACGUACAUUUACAUUCGUGGCACUUUUGGAUUACUCCCGCCUCGUGAAUCCGUUUUGCAACUACCGUGCUACUUAGUGGCAGACUUGGUAAAAGUGACAAUUCAGCAAUGGAAUUGCAGUGCUUGAGUCUUUUUUUUUUUUUUUUUUUGCUGUAUUGAGUAAUGCAAAUAAUUACUUAUGUGUGCUGGUAAUUUAUUAAUGUGAAUCACUUCAAGUAAGUAAAUUCAAGAAAAUUUCUCAUUACUGUCACCAUUGCUUAUGAAUAAGAUUCAGUGUGCCCACUUUUUUAUGGCAUUAAUAACUACCUCAAGAACGGAAGAAAAAUUAUAGAGACAAGUUAACCUGAGUGCGAAACCUCAAGUAUGGGAAUCAGGCAGGUAAAAUUAAAAAAUAAAAAACUGCAUUGCAUCCAAACUAGAAGCAUUAAACAUUAGGCCCAUUCGAUUCGCCUGCACCACAUGAACCAGUUCAUGAGGUGCUGCACCUUGCCAUUCGUUUCAGUGGUGCAGCAUUGACGACCUCUGAACCCUGCAAUUUGUUUCGAAAGGUGCAGAAGAGGUGCAGCACUGGUUCACGAUUUUCCUGCCCCUUCUACGCUGACGGUGCCGGCUUGGUGCAGCUACUCGUGUAGCUGAGCAGACGACGCAGCACUUAGGUGUAGGUGCCGUACCUGCAACUACUAAUGCGGUUUGUUUUGCCAAGAUGUUUGCAUCCGCAUGUGCGAUUCGCCAUCGGUCGGUGUUAGCUGAACAGUGUGUAUUAAACGAACAGAAAUAAGUCCUGCACCUUGUCGGCACAUCGUGAUUCAUUUUGGUUGUCGUGCUCUGCCUGCACCGCUGAACUCGUGCUGCACAAUUUCUUAACUUUGCCUGCACAGCUGUGAACUGGUUCCAACUGGUGCAGGUGAAUCGAACGGACCUAUUGUUACUGGGAGGCCAAGAGAAGAAGAGAAUGGUAGAGAAGGAAAAGUAGGGAUGUCCAGGAUAACCGGUUUGUUACCCUACAUGUGGGAAAGGAAUGGGAGAGAUUGAAAGGAGAGGAAAGGGACAAAAAGCACAUCACACAGAACGUGCACAAGCACCUAGUCCAAUAAUCUGGCGUGUUCUCCUCGAAUUACGGAUGGUGCUUUCGAUGCCAUCGAUACUUAUGUCACCGUCAAGGAUAAAAAGAAAAAACACGAUAACACUCUCAAUAGUAAGUUUGAUAGUACUAUCGAUUGUAUAAAAGCCACGGCUGUCGCAUUUCGAUAGAGGCGAAAUGGUAGAGGCCCAUAUGCUGUGCUCUUGUCAGUGCAUGGUAAAGGACCCCUGACAACAAAUAUGGAAACUCGAGAUGCUUGUGUUGUUUUACGAGUCCUGCAUGCGGGGCACUUUUGACCGAUUAUUAGUGGCGAGUGCUGCCUAUGAGAUAUUAAAUUUGGUUUUAAAGUAAGGGUGUGGGCUCACCCGAGUAAUUUUGGUCCAGUCGACAUUUUUUGUGGUUUGACGUAGAUGGGCCCCCGGGCGGUCAAUCAAGUAUUGUCGACAUCAGAGAACAAUUGCAGGGCGUGCACGAUACCCCGACUGGCUCCGGCGAAGGCUAUUGUUCGUCACCUCUCUCGCUCUGUUGUCGGGCUUUGGUUGCUUACGCCAUGUGUUUUUUUUUUUUUUGCCUGAGAAGGACACGCUCAAAGCACCCAUAUUGUUUCAGUCUUCACCGCCCACGGGUUCUUCUAUUUGAAUAGAGCUCGUUCAGCGUCACUGAAGCGGGAAAGCACGUCUCAGGCAGGGCCGUAACUAAAGAGAGAGGGUUCUGACACCCCAAAAAAUUUUUGUUGCGAUAGCAGUUAUAUGGACUCUUUCGGCUGUAUCUUGCCGCCAGCACUCGCCGUAUAUGUAUCUAUAUGUAUCAAAACACAAUAAAGAAAUAUAGUCUAGUAGAAGACUCCGGCGCGCGGAAUCGAACGUCGGACCUGUAAAUUGUGUGCGGCAAGCGUUAGCUACUGAGCCACGAAGGAGCAUCUCCUUCAACGUUCGAACCGCAAGCUAUUUAUGUCUAGCACUUAUCUCUGGUGAUGGGCAUCUCGGGGAAGGGGUGGGCCGCUAUUGUGUUUUCAGCAUUACCCGCAAGAUGGUGGAAUGAGCGCGUACCACAUCGUCACGACACUGCGGCGCGCGCUUUCAUCUCCCACGCGUACUUUGCCCCCUUGGAGAGGGGCACAAUGGACGCUCACGCGUGCGCUUACUUAUCUCGCCGUGGGGACUAUCAUAUUGGUGAGGCUAUCGUAAAUAAAUGCCUUGGUAAUGUCGCCGUCCAGCAACCACAGUUAUUCACAGCACUAUCGAUAGUAAUUUUGCUAGGAAUACUACUACAAAUAAUAUGCAGUCAAUCGUACUAUCAAUUUUCAAUGGUUUGUUUAUCAAUAGUUGAAAAAAAAGCAUCGAUGUUAUCGAUUCUGAAUUUCUUGAUAGUUCUGCAUCACUUCCUCGAACCUCCUGACAAGAGGUGUCGAUGACGGCUGCACGCUUUGCUAACUGUCGGACACGUCAGCAACAGGAUGCUAAUUUUCCAAACUAGAGGGGGAGGGCUGCAAUCUGCGGUUACAGGUCCCACCGCCUGCCAACUAUUCUUUAGUCAAGCAAGCUUCGUCGCGUUAAACAACAAGAAGUUGUCGCCAUGACAGUCUCCGAUGGCACUUACUAAAAAAAAAGUGAAAUUCGUUUUGCGUAAAAAUUGCCGUAGUUAGCAGCCCAUAAAAUUUAGGUUAGUUGGCAAACAAUACUGAGAUUUUAAAAAUUGGUAAAAGAGUGGUAUUCAGAUAUUACAGUCGUUCUAAUUUACUCGUGGUUUUCUUUUCUUCGAAAGUCCGCCCUUUACACAUGCAAAUUUGCUUUGUAUACAAAGUAAAGUAAUGAGCUGUUUAUUACUCGUGUCUUUUCAACACAAUCAGUGUUUCUUUUGUGUUCCGAUGCUGACUUUGUCUGCUGAAGCAGCAUGUCUUUAUAGUGAGCCAUGAUGAACUAUUAUAUUAUGAUGACCUUGUUUGUGCACGCGUCUAAGAUUCCCUUAUGCGGUAGGACGCAACCCGGAAUCUCAGGUUAUACGUCCUCUAGACCAGUCUUUGAGCCCUUCUCGACGACAGCGUUGUGUAAUAUGUGUAGGUGUGUCCGCGUAGGAGGCUCAGGAGCGGUGCCAGGAUUUUUUUUUUUUACUGCGGAAGGGGGGUGGGGGUAGCCUUAUAGUCAAAACACAACGCAUAUGUUCCCAGCCUAACUGAAAGAACUCACGACAAGCGAGUUCUUUCUGGGAACAUAUGCUUUGUGUUUUGACUGUACUUUCUAUGGGAGGGGAGCUCCAAACUACCCAUGCCUCCCGGUGGCAUCGCCCCUGAAGAGGCUGCGCAUGGAUGGAGGCACUGCACCGAGUAAAUGUGCCUUAAACCCUUUUUUAGUCUUGGUGGCCUUAUUGCUCUGGUAAAGUUACAGUGCCAAACGAGAUUUGAUAGUAUUUUACAGUCACGCACAAUAAAUUUCUCUUUAGCAUGGAAUGUUCUGUGCAUUAGAAUCGUUUGACAACACCACCGAAAUGCUACAAAUGAACCUGUGAAAUUAAACGUCGGGUCUUUAGUUGGCAACAUAAUAAAAA